GGUUGAGUUUGUUUGAGCAGUGCAUCUGAUCAACCCAAGGCAGAAACCCUGAUCUCAACAGCUCGGAGAAAAUAUGGAGUUUUUCCUUGGAAACCCUUUUUCUACACCCGUAGGUCAACUCAUAGAAAAUGCCACCAGUUCAUCACUCCCAUCAGAAGACUGGGGUCUCAAUAUGGACAUCUGCGACAUUGUCAAUGAAACCGAUGAUGGAGCCAAGGAUGCCGUCAGAGCAAUAAAGAAGAGAAUUUUGGGAAAUAGGAAUUUUAAAGAAGUUAUGCUGACUCUGAGUGUGUUGGAGGCCUGCGUUAAAAACUGCGGGCACAAAUUUCACACCUACGUGUCUACUAGAGACUUUGUGGAGAAUGUUAUGGUCCAGACGAUCGUGCCUAAAAAUAACCCUCCAUUGAUUCUUCAGGAAAGAGUGCUAACUAUGAUACAGGCGUGGUCCGAUGCCUUUCGCAGUUCUCCAGAUUUGACGGGUGUAGUGACCGUGUAUGAAGAUCUCCGGAGAAAAGGCGUGCAGUUUCCCAUAAAUCAAUCCAAUGGCUGUUCCCCUAUUCAAACUCCUAACAGGACUAUUGAAUCCAUGUAUUCAGAGAGACGGACGGUUACGGCGUCACAACCACAGAGUACAGAAACGAAGCUUGAAAUGUCACCACAACAGUUGAAGAGAGACCUAGAGAUGGUGCGUAAUAAUCUAUCGGUGAUGUCAGGGAUGAUGUCUCGAAUGGGAAGUGUUCGCCAGUCGGACAUGGAACAAUUACAGCAGUUGUAUGUGACGUGUAAGAAUAUGCAAGGCCGAAUACUGGAGCUCAUACCCAGCGUUACAGACGAGAAACUUAUAGGACAAUUACUGAUUGUCAACGAUAACAUGAACACAACCUUUGCACAAUAUCACAGUUUUGAAAAAAAUCUCAAACCACAGAGCAAUGUACAGUCGAGCACAACAAAGGCAAAUGUCAUUGAUUUUGGUGCCACUCCUAACCAACUAAUAGCAGGAAAUACACCUCAAAGUGUCGUCAGCCAAUCAACAGUCAAGAUGCUGUCCAAUCAGAUGGCAGGAUUGAGUACAAAAACAGAAGUCUUUACCCAAAAUAAAAGCAGCACAUUACAAAGAAGUCCGGAAAACCUUGUAGCAUAUGAUGGUCUGACUGCCAAUCCCAGAAAGCAACAGGACACCAGCACGGAUGACAAUGUAGACUCCACCGCCCUCGGCAGCUCGCCUCAGUUUCACUGGAUGAUUGAAAAGGGAAUGAUCCCUGUCGAUCAGAUUGACAUGAUGGAAGACAUCGAGCAGUGGCUUAAUGUGGAUGUGGAUGAUUCAGAGGGGGUCACUAGUGAAGAGUUUGAUAAAUUCUUAGCAGCAAGAGCGAAAGCAGCGGAAAGCCUUCCUUCAGUAAACGAGUCACUCCAUAACCCAGACUGCUCACAACUGUAGUUCUGUAGUAGCUUUAAGUAAAUUUGUCCCGGGUCAAUGUAAACAACAUUAAUGCACUGUUUACACCUCUGCUGCAGCAAUAACCCGUUUUCAACAUUGCGUUUUGCACACAAAUGUUUAGUUAUAUGUCCCUUUUAGGUUUAUAAUGUAUGUUUUUAGUUAAUUAACCAUGCAAUGGUUAUACUAUUUUGUUAAUCUUUUGGAGAAUGGUUCUAUGGUAAAGCAUGAUAAAUGCUUUUUUCUUUAUUUAAUAUUGGUAAGCUUAAAUCGUUGAUGUGUAUAUACACUGUAUGUAUAUAGGCUAACAUUUUAUUAGGCUACUUUAAAAGAGGUGGAUUUUACAGUAAGGAACGUGUAAAAUGUAAGUUGUUUUAUUUUCUUAAAAUAAAUGCUGUUUAAUUCUGCAGACCUGCA